AUGGCGCAGCGCUUCAAUGUAUCUGCAUUACUUUUCGAAAAUGACGUAAGUUGGAAAAAUAUCGAAAAAAUAUAUGGGAAUAACGUUAGUACAAAAGACAUAGUCAAUUUAAGCAUAUCCGAUGAUGGUGAAGUAUCCAGCUUCGAAAUUGAUCCUUACUUAUGUCGUGACAGUAGCAAUGUUCAGAAAUUUGCCGCCAUUGCCAGUUCAGAAGAUAGCAAUAACGAUGACGAAAACGAUAAAAAUUUUGAGUUACCAGUUCACUUAAAACAAAUCUCUUCUGAAAGUGACAGCUACUCCAUCAGUGAUGAAAAAAAUAACACGUCUCAUCCAGAAAAGAGCACUAACAAAAUAUUAGAAUCUAAAAACCAAAGAAAAAAGAUAACAUUGUGUAAGUUCUGCCAAAACGACUUUAUGUCAAGAAACUUUGUAAGACAUAUGCAAACGUUUCACGGAGAAGAAAAGGAAGUAAUAAAAUUAUUGCAGUAUCCAAAAAACUCUAAAGCAAGAAGAGCAGCUUUUAAGUUACUAAGAAACGAAACGAAUUUUGAUUUGUAUAUACAAGGAGAUAUACGUCCAACAAGAAGCUUAACCGAGACUCAAACGUCCAACUUUUAUCCGAGUAUAUACUGUAGAGGCUUGUAUAAAAAGUCAUAUCUUAAACGACAUAACAGAAUUUGCAAACAAAAAAACCGUGGUGGUUCCAGUAGUAAUUACGUAUCUGAAUCGCAAACCCUUACAGCCUGUGUAAUGGAUCCAACGAACGUUGUCUCCAAAUUAAUUGUUAAGGAACAAGUCUUCGACAAAAUGAAAGGAGAUGAUAUAGCAUUUGAAGCAAAAAAAGAUCUGCUAAUUGUUAAUUUUGGAAAUUCUUACUUAAAAAACAUAAGAGAGAGGUAUAUUUUAAGACCCAAAAAUUUCGACGCUAUCCUAAGUGCUGCAAGAGUUUUAUGUGGAUAUAAUAGUAUUAAAAAGAUAAUCAGUUCUCCUAGUAUCGCGUUGCACUUGGGUACGUACCUAAAACUAUGUUGCAAUGAACUACUCCAUUUAAUACUAAAAGAAGCACCUGGUUUUACGUGUACAACAAAAGACGAAUGCAAGAACUGCCAAAGGGAUAUACAUAAUUUGAGAACGUUGCUGGAAAAUCGUUGGAGUUUGGAAAUUGCUUCUCUUGCUAACAAAGAUAUUCAAGAAAAAAAAAUGGAAAAUGCCAAAGCUCGUACCACUUCAUUAGUCAUCCUUUUUAACACAAGACGAAUAGGUGAUGUCCAGUACUUAAAAAUUCAGCAAUACAGUAGCGAAAGAAAAACGGACUUCAGUGAUUUUGAAAAUGUUUUAACUGAAGGAGAAAAGGCAAUUACGAGAGAAUACAAAAGAAUAGUGUGUUCUGGUAAAGGCUCUCGAGCUGUUGUUAUCUUACUUCCAAAAAUGUUGCAAGGUUUCAUAGAAACUUUAAUAAAACAUAGACAUAAAUACAUUGCGACGAUAAUGACUAUGUGUUUGCAAUUCCAGGCAGUAAGAUAA